GGGGGCGUAGGCUUGUGGGGUUGUGCAGGCCAGCCCCCCACAGAGGGCGAGGCGCCUCAUACCCUUUACCCCUUCCCUUUCGCUGCCCGCCUUUCCCGGUGGCCGCCCGCUUCCUUCCAGUCCACAGCCUCUGCAUCAUGGGCAGCGUCAGCGGCAUGUGCAGCCCUUGUAUUAAGUGACUCACUUGUUUGUCCCCCUUCUUUCCCUUUAUUCUGUAUGUCUCUCACAUGCAUCCCCCUCACCCCACCCCACGAUGGUGACACUGCAGUUUGGUCUGCUAUAACUGGCCCGGUUUUGUGUUGUGUAGUCCUUGGUGUCUGGGGUCGGGAGAGAUCAAGGUUCUCAGUUGCCAGGUGGUGCUAACCGACAGUGUUUACCGAAAUUGCUGUGACAGCCUCCCCCUUCUAAGUGAGAAGCUAGCAACAGCAUGGGGAAGGUGGUACAGCCUGGUCUGAACGGCCUGGAAGAAACGCUGGUUUAUCCUGCGGAGUGGCCGGAUGAGUGGUGACCCGGAUGUGCUGGAGUACUACAAGAAUGAUCACUCCAAGAAGCCCCUGCGGAUCAUCAACCUGAACUUCUGCGAGCAGGUGGAUGCAGGCCUGACCUUCAACAAGAAGGAGCUGCAGGAUAGUUUUGUGUUUGACAUCAAGACCAGCGAGCGCACCUUUUACCUGGUGGCCGAGACGGAGGAGGACAUGAAUAAGUGGGUCCAGAGCAUCUGCCAGAUCUGCGGCUUCAAUCAGGCCGAGGAGAGCACAGACUCCCUGAGAAACAUUUCCUCUGCCAGUCACGGCCCCCGCUCUUCUCCAGCUGAGCUCAGCAGCUCCAGUCAGCACCUUCUCCGAGAACGGAAGUCCUCAGCCCCAUCGCACUCCAGCCAGCCAACCUUGUUCACCUUCGAACCCCCGGCGUCAAACCACGUGCAGCCCGCCUUGUCCACCAGUGCACCUCAGGAGUACCUCUACUUGCACCAGUGCAUAAGCCGGAGAGCAGAAAAUGCAAGGAGUGCCAGCUUCUCUCAGGGCACCAGGGCCUCGUUUCUCAUGAGGAGUGACACAGCCGUGCAGAAACUUGCCCAGGGCAAUGGACACUGUGUCAAUGGGGUCAGCGGUCAAGUCCAUGGCUUCUACAGCCUUCCCAAGCCGAGCCGGCACAAUACGGAAUUCAGAGACAGCACCUACGACCUCCCCCGGAGCCUGGCCUCCCAUGGCCACACCAAGGGCAGCCUCACGGGCUCUGAGACAGAUAACGAGGAUGUGUAUACCUUCAAGAUGCCCAGCAACACCCUGUGCCGUGAGUUUGGGGACCUCCUGGUGGACAAUAUGGACGUUCCGGCCACCCCACUCUCAGCCUACCAGAUCCCUAGAACGUUCACGCUGGACAAGAACCACAAUGCCAUGGCAGUGGCCACUCCUGGGGACUCAGCCAUAGCUCCCCCGCCCCGGCCCCCCAAGCCAAGCCAAGCUGAGACACCUCGAUGGGGCAGCCCUCAGCAGAGACCUCCAGCCGGGGAAAGCAGCAGAUCAGUCUCUGCCGCUGCAACCAUCCCCAGACGCAACACCCUUCCAGCCAUGGACAACAGCCGACUUCACCGAGCUUCUUCCUGCGAAUCCUACGACUACCCCCAGCGUGGUGGAGACAGUGCAGGCCGCUCUGCCGAGUCCACGAGUGAGGCAGUCAGCGCCUUCCUGCCAGGGAAAACAGUCGUGGGCCGAUCAGAUAGCACCAAUUCUGAGGACAACUACGUGCCCAUGAAUCCAGGCUCCUCCACCCUGCUGGCCAUGGAGCGAGCAGGUGAUAAUUCCCAGAGUGCCUACAUCCCCAUGAGCCCAGGGCCCCAUCACUUUGACCCGCUCGGCUACCCAUCUACAGCCCUGUCUAUGCACCGCGGCUCCAGCCGAGGGAGUGAGAUCCAGCCACCUCCUGUCAACCGCAACCUCAAACCUGACCGGAAAGCAAAGCCAACACCACUUGACCUGAGAAAUAACACCGUCAUUGAUGAGCUCCCCUUCAAGUCACCCGUCACCAAGUCUUGGUCUCGGGCCAUCCACUCCUUCAACCCCGGCUCCUCCCAAUACUGCCGCCCCAUCUCCACCCAGAGCAUCACCAGCACGGACUCGGGAGACAGCGAGGAGAACUAUGUCCCUAUGCAAAAUCCAGUGUCUGCAUCUCCCAUUCCCAGUGGCACCAACAGUCCAGCCCCUAAGAAGAGCACGGGCAGCGUGGAUUAUCUGGCCCUGGACUUCCAGCCGAGCUCCCCAAGCCCCCACCGCAAGCCAUCCACGUCAUCCGUCACUUCUGACGAGAAGGUAGACUACGUUCAAGUGGACAAGGAGAAGACCCAGGCCCUGCAGAACACCAUGCAGGAGUGGACGGACGUGCGGCAGUCCUCGGAGCCUUCCAAGGGUGCCAAGCUGUGACGCUGGGGCCAUGGUGCCCAGGGAGGGGCCAGGAGGCAGCGUCUCCAGAGCUGAUGCCUCCCCGUCCUUCUCCCCUUUCUCCUUGCCCACGGCCCCCUCCCGCCCACCACCUCUCCACUCUGGCCUUCAAAGCACUUGACAUCAGGGACCCUGACCCCUUCCCCUGGGAGGUGAGGGCCCGAUUGAGGAACCUCCUCUGCCUACUCGGGGCCCACCUUUGAUUUUUAUCUGUCAUGGCCAUGCCUCGCCCCACUUUAGUUAGAGCUGUUGCCACAAAGCAUCCUUCAGCCUCUUCCUGCCCUUAGACCUGAAUAUCUACCACACCUCCGGCCUUUGUCCCUCCAGCUACUUACUGGACUACUUCUCCUGGGAGAAGCCAUGUCAUCGUGCAGAUCCAGGGAGCCAAGGACCAGUGGACCAAAGUGGACAUGGACUUCGUCAUCCAGUCUCUUUUGGCAGGGGAGAGGCAAGACCACCAGAAGAUGAAGGGGUCAAGAAGGAAGAUCAGAGUUGGUCUUGACAAAAGAAUGAGACCCCCCCCACCCAGACAGAGGCAGUGGAUACCUGCAGUGGGCCCCACGUCCAGACCAAGUGGCAGUGCAGCCAUGGCGGGUGGGAGAGGCAGAAGGAUGAGGGUAAGAGGAAGGGAAGCCUGAUGAUGGGCAACCCAGAACAAGGAGCGGGGCUCAGAGCCCAGGAGCUGGGGUGCAAGGACACUGCGGGGCUGGGACCCCAGAACUGUGGAGCUACAGUCCCUCUCUGCAGGGCUGGGACAUAGUGCAGUCCUCACCCCACCCCAAGGCCCCACGCUACUGAGGGCCACGCGGACAAGGCUUGGACUAUGCUGGGUGGUGCAGUGCGUGAGCACCGGCACAGUGAGGGGAGGCCGAUGGAGCUGUGGGAACGCAGAGCAGUGUGCAGGGUGGGGGAUGUGGAAGGGAGGGGCCGCCCUGGGGCAGGAACAGGCUGGGCGGGGGCAAUGCGGUGCAGGAGGCACAGGUAACUGAUGGGAGAGGAGGUAGGGGUGCAGGGUGGGGCAGAAAGAGGUGGCACGAUAUGUCGUCAGUGACAGGCGAGGACAGUCCCCAGGGUUGAUGAGCAGGGGGGAGCAGAGCCUAGCGGCCGGUGUGUGAGAGUGGCCAGGCCUCUCUGCCUGUGGCUUGAAAGGCCAACAGCUCAGCAUCUCUCCACCCGCCUUUGCCAGGGACAGGAGGAGGGGUGUCCCCCCAGGCUCUCUCUCCUGUCUGGGGAGGGGGACUCUUACGUCAAUGUCCUUGGCCAAGUUUUCAAGAGUUUCAGGGGCAACUGGGCAGAUGUUUCAUCCUACCCUGGGGUGAACUGACCGUCCUCGUCUACUGCGUGGACGUGGCUACUGCUUACCUUUUAGGUCCUGUGAGUGUGCACACAUGAACCCUCUCACCAGCCCCGUGGCAUGACCUGACUCCAUCCUGGCUGGGGGAGAGGUUCUCAAGCGUAGCCCCUCUCUUCCUCCUAUUAAUUCAGAUCAAUUCAAUAAGCAUUCAUUAAUGGCUGCUGUGGCCAGGUCUGCGCUAGGCACUGAGGACACAGGGUUUAAUCAGACUUUGUCCCUGAAUUGGGAAAAAAAGACAAGGACACAAGACACUGGUAAUGGCUGUGAGAGACUUAAAAUGCUGAUCACAUGCAGAGAAAGCAGGGUUACUUCCCAGGAGGUUGGUGCUGGCGGGGGUGGAUGAGGGGUGGAGAUCAGGGAAGGUGGUUUCUAGGAAUGGGGGUGCCUCACAGGGGCCUUAGGAGAAGAUGGGUCAGAUUUUUAGGAGGGCAAGAUCAGAGUCCAGUGGAAAAAGAUGGACAGAGGGGCUUGGAGAACUUUGUGCUUUAGGAACAAAAGACCUUUGGGUGUAUGGGCUCAGCAGUGAGGGCCACACCUCUGUGUUCUCACAGGUGGGCCCAGGUAUUGAAACCCUGUUGACUGUCAGGUGCCCUAGUAAUGGCAGCAUUUUCUGAACGUGCCAUGGUGUGAAUGAAACUGGGAUCCGAGUUUUGCGAGGCAAACGUAUUGAAAUCUAACCUCCAAGGAGACCUCCCCUCCAGUUCUUGGUUCCUACAACCCCCAAGCCCUCAGGGUGGCGUUGGGGGUAGAGACGGAAAGAAGCACACGAGAAGAGGAAACUGGCCUGCUGAAAACAGAGACUGGCUCACAAACCCAAACGACCAUGUGUCUGGUGUGGACCUGCCGGCUCAGUGUAAAAAACUGGUCCCUCAGCCUGCCGGAGUCCACCUCUGCCUCACAAGGACUGAGACCCCAGGAUGCAGAUGCCUUGUCAGCCAGCAUGGCUCCCUCAGGCCUCCUCCUGCCCAGGGCUCCGCAGAGAGGGCGCUAUCCUCAGCCCCUGCCAGCUGCACCGCUGUAAGGUUAAAGAAGGGCGAGCAGGAGCAGUGGGGAAGGAGGGGGUUGUGUUUCCUUCCCGCCUUGGUGAGAUGAAUGAGAUGGGCCCACACCCAGAACACUGACCCAGUCCCUUCUCUGGAUUGAUUUCCAUGAUUUCUACAUUUGAAACCAUUCAAAUAUGCCCCAUUCCUAGGACAGAAGCACAACCAUUCUUAAGUAAUUUACCUCCCACAGGGCUAAGGUCUCAGCCCCAAGGUGUGGUCAUGGCCAGCCCCCCUCCACCCACACCCUGCAGAGCACAGGGCCCCUCUCUGGUCCUGCAAAAUGUAGGGGAAGGCAGCUGAGCGCGGGCUCCAGAGCCCCCUUCUGGAACGCACCGCACUAUGUGCUGAGGUCCCACUGGAGAGUUGGGCUGUCAUGUGAUACUGGGUGGUGUGUGUUCCUGUGUGUUGGUUACGUGUGUCUUGAAAUUUAGAAUCAUUUCGCACAUAAUCGUCGCUUUGUCGGGAAGAGAGUGGGCUAGAAGCAGCCAAUCUUAGGUUUCUGGCCCUGUCACCAUUUAAAAUUGACAUGUAAUUUUUCAAAUCACUGUUGGUGCCUAAUCACUUAAGUUAUUAAUUUAUUCUGUUUUCUUUUUAAAAAAAUUUGUAACACGUAUUUAUCCUGUGAGUAAGUCUGGGGGUGGGGGGGGGCAUGUGUUCUCAUGUGGGUCCUGUUUUUUUGCUGUGGUGACACAUGGUACAGGCCUGGAGCUUGCAGGACCCUUUUUACUGUGGUGUUGGAGCUGGACAACAAUAAAGUCCAUCAGAAGCAACCAGA